AUGUCCGUAACUGUGGGCAAGCUAAAGUUCUUAGAUUCGCAGCAGUUUAUGGUGGAUUCCUUAGCAAACUUAGUAAGGUAUAACACAGAGUUCCCUAUUUCCAGUCAAUACGGCGCGGAAAGGAAAGGAGUUUACCCAUACGAAUACAUGAGUAGCUGGGACAAGUUUGAAGAGCCCCUACCUAAGGAUUUCUACAGCACCUUGACAGAAUCUGGUAUAAAAGACGAAGAGUACCAGCAUGCCUUAGAUGUGUGCGAAAAGUACUCCUGUGAGAAUAUGGGAGAAUACCACGACAUCUACCUAAGGUCUGACGUUGUGCCGCUUGCCGACGUCUUCCAAAGCUUCCGGAAGAUGGCGAUGGAAUACUACGGGUUGGACCCCGCAAACUUCUACACGGCCCCCGGGCUCAGUUGGAGUGCGCUGCUAAAGAAGACAAACAUGCAACUGGACCUGCUAACGGAGUACGACAUGUACCGGUUUAUGGAAGGCGGUAUUCGCGGCGGGGUUUGCGGGCCCAGCAGACGAUACGCGAAAGCAAACAAUCCCACAGUAGAGUACGACCCAGAGAAGCCAACCACAUACAUAUUUUACUUAGACGCUAACAACCUCUACGGUUGGGCAAUGUCGCAGUACUUACCCGUACGCGACUUCGAAUGGGACAAAGUGAAGCCGAUAGACUUCUACAUGCAGGUCGACAAAGAAGCAGAAAAGGGUUACGUUUUGGAGGUGGACCUGGAAUACCCGACACAUCUACACAACGCACACGACGAGUUCCCACUCGCGCCAGAAGCGAUAGAGAUACCCUUUACGCAGCUAAGCCCGCUGCAGAGGGAGAUGUGUCCCAGCUACAAGCCCUACAGGAAGCUAACUAUGAACCUGAUGGACAAGAAGAAGUACGUGGUGCAUUACCGCAACCUGCAGUUCUACGUGCGACAUGGUAUGCGGGUAACGCACAUACACCGCGUUUUGAAGUUCACGCAGGAGACGUGGAUGCGCUCCUACAUUGACUUUAACACGCAAAAGCGUACGCAGGCAAAGAAUGACUUUGAGAAGAACCUGUUCAAAUUGAUGAACAAUAGCGUAUUAGGUAAGACCAUGGAGAACAUUCGCAAGCGCGUUAGCAUAAAGAUAGCCAGCACCAGAGAGGAAGCAGAAGCAUACGUAUCACAGCCUGGAUUUGUCAGAUACGUAGAAAUGUUAAACUUCUACGUGAUUCACAUGAAGAAAGCAAACCUAUUCCUGAAUAAACCCGUAUACACGGGGUUUACCGUGUUAGACCUAUCGAAGCUACUAAUGUAUGAGUUUUACUACGACAAAUUAAAGCCAAAGUACGGUGAUAAGUGUCGCCUUCUAUACACCGACACCGAUUCCUUAAUACUAGAGGUGCAAACGGAAGACGUUUACGAAGACUGCGUACCCGACAUAAACGAGUACGACACCAGCGAUUACCCGCGCGACCACUUUCUUUACUCCGCAAAAAACAAAAAGGUGAUAGGUAAGAUGAAGGACGAAAUGAAAGGAAAACCCAUAGUAGAGUACGUGGGGCUAAAACCAAAGAUGUACAGUGUGUUAAAGUUAGACGGCGUAGAAAAGAAAGCCAAUGGCGUAAAAAMGUACGUGGUUAAGAAGGACAUUACGCACGAGUCCUACUUGAAGGUCUUACGAACACGCAAGGAGCAGCGUCACACGAUGAACUCCCUGCGCAGCUACGGACAUCAAAUACACAACGUUACGCAGGAGAAGGUGUCGCUGUCAGCAUUUGAUGGUAAGAGGUGGAUGUGUGAUGAUGGUAUCCAUACGAUAGCAUUUGGACAUCACACGAUAAGCAGUUCUUCUUUGACGAACCCACGCGUGGGACCAUCAUGA